AAAAGAAGGGAAGUCCAUCCUCUCAAUUUCCUUAUAAGUAAUUGACUCUUUAAAUAGCUACAAUUACAAAGUCUAUGAUUUACUACUUAAUCUUUCUUAGUACCAUUAGUUUCAAGUGUUGUACUAUAGUUAGAAGUUAUAGCAACAGAAGACAAAAGGAAAGAAAUGUCAGGAAUAUAUGAACUUGGGAUUGAAGAAUAUUUUCUUGCUCAUCCUGAUCCUGUUAUUUUGGAAAUCAAUAAUUUGCAGAACCAACUCAAAGAGAAGGAUCGAGAACUUGGAGCAGCUCAAAGUGAAAUUAAGGCUCUGAAAGCAACGGAAGUCCUCAAAGACAAAGCUCUUGAAGAGCUCGGGAAUGAAUUUCAGAGAUUGGAGGGAAAGCUGAAAAUCAGCGAAACACUUGUUGAACAAAAGAAUCUUGAUAUCAAACGACUCGCUAAUGAGAAGAAAGAAGCACUGGCUGCACAAUAUGCUGCUGAAGCAACACUUAGAAGAGUAUAUGCAGAUCAGAAGGACGAUGAUUCUCCUCCCCUCGAGUCCAUUAUUGCUCCUCUCGAGGCAGAGAUUAAGAUGUAUAAGAAUGAGAUUGCAGCAUUACAGGAGGAUAAAAGGGCUUUGGAUCGACACACUAAGUCAAAAGAAGCAGCUUUGCUUCAAGCAGAAAUGAUACUAAAAAGUGCUUUAGAAAGGGCAUUAAUAGUAGAGGAGAUUCAAAAUCAGAACUUUGAACUUAGAAGACAGAUUGAAAUCUUUCAGGAGGAAACCAAAAUACUUGAUAAGACGAAUCGUCAAAAGAUUCUUGAGGUGGAAAAACUUAGCCAAACCAUUGUAGAACUCGAGGAGGCAAUUCUUGCUGGAGGAGCAGCGGCUAAUAGACUUCGUGACUACAAACGACAAAUUUCUGAAUUACAAGAAGAGAAGAGGACAUUGGAAAGGGAACUAGCAAGAGUUAAGGUUUCAGCGAACCGAGUAGCAACUGUCGUGGCAAACGAGUGGAAAGAUGAGAAUGACAAAGUUAUGCCUGUAAAACAGUGGCUAGAAGAGAGAAGGCUGUUGCAGGCUGAGAUGCAACGACUGAAAGACAAAUUAAGCAUAUCAGAGAGAACAGCCAAGGCAGAAGCACAACUAAAGGAUAAGCUGAAACUGAGACUCAAGACACUCGAAGAAGGCUUGAAGCAAGCGUUCAACGUCUCUGUCAAUCCCAAUAGAAACCAUGGAUCCACAAAAAUUCAAAAGACCAAACACUUUUUUGGUGUUCUGUCGAACAAUACCGGAGUAAAGAAGAGAUCGACAUCACAACCGAGGGUAUCCACCAUUAGCCGAAUCACCAAGCAGGAAAAUACGGAUCAAAGAAGCGAUGAUGCUUCUGGAGAAAUGAAGCAAGUCAUUAGUCUGAAAAAGAAGACUUUAUGGGAUUCUCGAGAUAAGAACAUUGACAGUGUUGGAAAAGAAAAUACAGAAAUGAAUAGCAAGGAAAUCACACAAUCACAGAAAGUAAAGAAUCCAGGAGAUGAUGAAGAAGAAAACAAAACUAGUCGAAGCAUGGAGAGCGAUAGCGAUGAUAUAGUAUCAGGUUUUUUGUAUGACAGGCUACAGAAAGAGGUUAUCAGUUUGAGGAAGUUUUGUGAGACAAAGGAAUCUGCUUUGAAUACUAAAGAUGAAGAAAUUAAGAUGCUAACGAAGAAGAUCGAGACGCUGUCUAAAGCCAUAGAAGUUGAAGCAAGAAAACGAAAAGUUAAGCAACAAGGUCAGUGAGAACAUCUUGAAGAUUCAUGUAAAAAGGCAGAAAAGGUGAUCUUGAUUCAUCAGUCUUUGACUCUUGCAUUUAUUGUAUAUACAAAGAGGUGAAUAGUAAUCACAGGAAUAAAGAUCCAAAUUUCAUUUGUAAUUUGUAAAGUGAGUGACUAACUCUGUCACAACUGGAUGGUAAUUCUUUUGUUUUAGUUUCUUACUUUUCCCCCAUUGUCCAUGUCCUUGUACAGUUAUUUUCAGCUUUAGAUUCAGAUGAGUAAUAAUAAUUGGAAGUUUGAUCCUU